UUCCACACCGCCUCGCCCCACGAUCCGUCCCCGGAUCCGGGCCCAUACGUCGACCCAGGGCUCGUGAGCACGCUUAGCCGCGUGCUCAGCGACUUCCGUGGCCCGCGCCACGACCUCCCCGCCGCGCUCCGCGGCUUCGCGCCGCGCAUCACCCCCGACGCGGCGGCCGCGGUGCUGCGCCGGUGCCGCCACCUCCCCGUGCCGUCGCUCCGGUUCUUCCUCUUUGCCGCGGGGCUGCCCGGGUUCUCUCACCUGCCGGAUUCGCUCCUCAUCCUGGCCAAUUCGCUCGCUGGUGCGCGGCUCUUCCCGCUGCUGCGCUCGCUGCUGUCUGACCUCCCACCGGCUGCGCUCUCGCGGGGUCUCUUCCCGCGGCUGUUCCGUGCUUACUCGCGUGCGCUUCUCCCAGAUGAUGCGAUCCGGGCCUUCUCCUCCAUGGCGGGGUUCGGCUUCCACCCAACGCUGGCCGAUUUCCACUCACUGCUAUUCGCCUUGUGCCAUAAUGGCCUUGUAAAUCAUGCUGAGGUCUUCUUCAGAGAGUCGGGGGCCCAUUUUGAUGUCUCAGCCAAGACGUACACCAUCCUGAUCUCUGGGUGGGCUGUUGUGGAGAAGCCGGAAAACGCGCAAAAGUUAUUUGAUGAAAUGGUUGAGAGAGGUGUUGAGCCUGAUGUGCCUGCCUACAAUGCGUUGAUUGAUGCCUUAUGCCGCGGAGGUGAUAUUGCACGUGCGCAGGAACAUCUGAAAGAUAUGCAACAGAGCCGUGGGCUUGUUCCAGAUGCUGCCACUUAUGGUCCAUUCCUUCGUGCUGCCUGUGCAUCCAAGGAUGCUCGGGAUGCUCUUCGUGUGCUAGAUAGGAUGCGCAUGCAUGACCUCACACCAAAUGUAUUCACAUAUAAUGCUAUAAUUCGGUUAUUGUGCGAACUGGGAGAGAUUGAGGAGGCUUAUAAUAUCCUUGGUGAGAUCAUCACGAGAGGGGAAAAGCCUGAUGUUUGGACAUACAACACACUGCUUAAUGCGCAUUGUAAGAAGAAUGAGGUGAACAAGUCUUUGAGGCUUAUUGCAAGAAUGGAUAAAGGCUUGUGUGUGCCAGAUCGUCAUUCUUACAACAUGUUACUAAAAAUGUUGAUUGGCGUAGGAAGGAUUGAUAAGGCUGUUGAGGUAUGGGACGGGAUGGAAACACGUGGCUUUCACCCAGGCGCAGCAACUUAUGCUGUCAUGAUCCAUGGGUUAUCUUGCAAGAAGGGAAGAUUAGAGGAGGCCUGCGGCUAUUUUGUGAUGAUGGUGGAUGAAGGUAUCCCACCCUACCAGGCCACUUGUGAGGUUUUGAGGGAUAGGCUGACAAGGCAUGGCCUGAGGGAUCAACUUGAGGUCGUCAUUGACAGGAUGAGGCGGAGCACUUCCUGCACGAUACAAGAAAUGGCAAGUAUCAUGCGCAGUACUAAGAGGGCUGAUGAAACUAGAAGCACGAGCAGUGACCAAGAACUCCCAGGGCAUGAUCUCGAUGAGAAUGAAUGGAGGGGGAAAUGGAAACUAGGAGACUGAAGAGUGAUUCAUAAGGCUUGCCUACAAGCCCUCUAUGGUGUACUAUUUUCUUGUUUGUCUCCCUAUUAUUGUACAACCGUACAACUUUAAGGUAGUAAAAUGUCCAGUCUAUGCCAUAUGGAAGUUGUACUAAUACAAUAGACUAAGUAGAGUGAUUAGUUAAUGAAAAUAGGAUAGGAUGCUCAAUUCCUGGUCAAGCAAUUGAUGUUGGAGUUUAAAGUAUACCUACCUUUUCCUUGUCACCUUUUCGCAUGUGUGCUUCUCCUUGAGAAUUAGGCUGCUAUGAAUAAAUUCCAACAUUAAAACUGUUUCUCAUUUGCUGAUAUGAACUAUAAUAUUCCGCUCUAGCUUUUACCUUUUCAUACUAUCAUACUCCCUCCGUUCCUAAAUAUAAGUCUUUUUAGAGAUUUCAAUAAGGACUACAUACGGAUGUAUAUAGACAUAUUUUAGAGUGUAGAUUCACUUAUUUUGCUUCGUAUAUAGUCCGCAUUGGAAUAUCUUAAAAGAUGGAGAGAGUACGUACGUCUGUCAAGAUGCUUCAAAUAAUUCUUUCAGCAGGAUGCCUUUAUUGGUAUUAAAUGUAAUAUCUUGCAAAUCUCUACUAUUAAAGGAGAGAUAGUUGGUUUCGUUUGCAUUGCUUCCACCCCUCCCAUCGAUACAUGACCCCCUCCCAUUGAUUUGUUUCCAAACCACGCGAUAACCCUAAUUGAUUUUUUUCCAAACCGGCCCUACCUCCUUGUUUCUGGGGAAAGAAUCCUGUAGUUGUGCGUACACAAUCUCAAUCACAUAAUAUCUUUCCUUACCUUUGCCUAUGGAUUCCCUUUCCACAACAUAUCUCAAUCUCAACCCAAUAUUUUUUUUCCUACGUUGAACCAGUAGAAUAAAGUUGACCCCAUUGCUACGCACGGGUAUUCAGCUAGUACUAUUUAAUACUGUGCUAUAUUUCACCCAUUAUGAGUUAAUACCCUGACACAUUAGUCAUUUAAUUUCACCUCUAUAUGUAGUUCUUCUGUAUAGUAUCAUAAUCAUUAGUGUUAACUCAUUUGCUGAAUCUGUUU